AUGUCUUCAAAGUACUCAACUUAUUCCACGCGCAAUAUUAGAUACCUACGCAUAUCGGAGAAGCAAGUGCUUCCCUUGAUACUUUAUCUCAAACCAGAACAUAUUAGUUGGUUCAAUGAUAUUAUAUUUCAAGAGGUUUUAUCAGCCUUACAAAAAUUAAUACCAAAAAAAUUUUCAAGAGAGAAGAAAAAGAAACUUGAAGCUGACAUUUAUCGUGAAGUGAGAUUUAAUUUUGGAAUAGCGAGGUUUCAGUUCGCAUAUUAUUUUAAAAGUACUGAUGUGAGGCAUUCAGUGCUGGAAAAGAAUAAAAAAUACAUAUUUCCAUCUGAAAAAUCAUUAUCCGAAGAGGGUGAAUCUUCCCAAAAUUUAGAUGAUAGCUUUACGAAUGAGAAUGAAGAUGAUGAAAAACCUACUUUACAAAUAACUUAUCAAGGAUUUAAUAUAUUUUAUAAAUCAUUAGUAGUUAUAGUAGAACCACCUGGGCAAAUUAUUGAGUUUGGAGGUAAUGCUAAAGUUGCAAAUACUAUGACUAUUGAUGAUUAUCUUGGGCAUGAUAAUUCUGAUACAGAUGUUGAAUUAUAA